CCCCUCUCAUUCCUCGCUCAAUCCCUUCAAACCCUUUGCCUUCAAUUGGGUUCCAAUUUAUAGAAAGAAAAAAAAAAUAUCUCCUUUUUGAGUUAAAUCAAAGGUGGUCGGAGAAAUUGUCGGAAUCCGGCAGGCGCGUAGCCAUCACGUGCUUUUCGAUUUCAUGAUUUCAACACCACGUGAAACCGAUAAAAUCGACGAUAGAAACGCCGGUUGCCGGUGCAAUUCAUGGCAUCCGCCGUCUUAGCUAGCCGGAAUGAAUCUAGCUGGGCUCAGUCUGGUGGUGGUGCUGGUGGUGCCGGUGGUGGAUUCAUGGGGAAAACCCCUUAUACACAACAACAACUGAACCCUAACCCUAACCCUAAGAAAAAACAGAAGCAAUUCCAUCACACAUCUAAUGGUCGGCAUAUCGAUGAUUCGCCGGCCGUUACACAAACGGCGUCAGAUGAUGCGUAUUCGUUCAAUCAACGGCCGAUUGAAUCAACGGCCAACGUUGACGGUCUUAAUCUUGGAGGCUAUUUGACCUACAACGUUGUCUCUUACAACAAAGGCGAACUCCAUGAGCUACGGAGUCGGUUGGUGUCGGAGCUUGAACAGACCCGAAACCUUAAAGAUCGAAUCGAAUCGGGUCAAUUGAGCACCACCAACCCCAGAUCUCAUGGGAAAUCGAAGAAAUUAUCGGGUAAUAAACGGCCCACACCUUCUGGAUCCGUUAAAGAUCCGAAAAAACUCCCAAACGGAGUUGAAAAUAGGAAUUUAGGUGUCAAGGGUAUAAUCGGAAUGGAAAGUAUGAUGAAGGAAUGUAGGGGUAUUUUGGGGAAGCUGAUGAAGCAUAAAAGUGGGUGGAUUUUCAAUACACCCGUAGAUGCUGAAGCUUUGGGUCUACAUGAUUACCAUCAGAUAAUUAAACGACCCAUGGAUUUGGGGACGGUGAAAUCUAAUUUGGCUAAGAAUUUUUACCCUACCCCUUUUGAAUUUGCAGCUGAUGUAAGGCUUACUUUCAAUAAUGCCUUGUUGUAUAACCCUAAAACAGAUCAAGUUCAUGGCUUUGCUGAGCAGCUUCUUGCACGAUUUGAGGAGAUGUUUAGACCGCUUCAGGAUAAAUUGAAUAAGCUUGAUGGGGGAAGGAGGGAAUUUCACCCUGUAGAUGAGUUGCAGGGGAGUUCUUGGAAUCACAUUCCUACGCCCGAAAGAGUGAAGAAACCCAAGGCUACGCCGGCCCCUAAGAAGCAAGAACGGAUGCAAAAUCAUUCAAGUGCAUCAACCCCCUCUUUGCCGUUGCCACCACCCAAUCCACCAGUGCGGCAGCAGUCCCCGUUGUCGACUCCUUCCCCAGUGAGGGCACCACCGGCAACAAAGCCCCAAUCAGCUGCUACUGAAGCUCCUCGUGUACCAAAGCAACCUAAGCCGAGGGCAAAGGAUCCGAAUAAAAGAGAGAUGAGUAUGGAGGAGAAGCAUAAAUUAGGUGUUGGAUUGCAAAGUUUACCGCAAGAGAAGAUGCCGCAGUUAGUCCAGAUUAUAAGGAAAAGGAAUGAGCAUUUAGCCCAAGAUGGUGAUGAGAUUGAGCUUGACAUUGAGGCCCUUGACACGGAGACUCUAUGGGAGCUUGAUAGGUUUGUGACCAAUUGGAAGAAGAUGGUGAGCAAAACUAAGAGGCAGGCUUUGAUGAACAAUUUGGGACCUCCAUCCGCCAGUGCUGCAGCUUCUGCUGCAACUACAUCCUUUGCGGAGGCAGAUGGGCCUGCAACUAGCGAGAAAAAUGAUUCAUUUAAAAAGCCCAAGAAGGGUGAUGCUGGAGAUGAGGAUGUAGAGAUAGAGGAUGAUGAACCCGCCACCCAUUUUCCUCCAGUGGAAAUUGAGAAGGAUGAAGGUGGUGGUCGGGAUCAAGAUAAUGGUGGUAGUAGUAGCUCCAGUAGUUCCAGCAGCUCAAGCAGCGGUUCCUCCUCUUCUAGUGAUUCUGAUUCAGGAAGUUCUUCAGGGAGUGACUCUGAUGCUGAUGAUGCACACUCUUAGAUUUGUUGGUUCUAGCACAUUUUUCUUUUUGGUCUCCCUUCAUGUUGUUGCUGGAUUUUCUUGUUUGGGGGUGGUGACUCGAAUCCUCUUGUUUAGCUACGUGUAUGGCUCAUUCCAGUGAGCUGAGAAGUUUGGGAAAACGUUUGUGCACAGCUUUAAACACAUGGGCACCUGAUGACCAGCUAGGAAGAAAAAGCUGAGGACAAGCAACUGGGAGAGGAAGGGGCCAUGGUAGUGUUGAUGACAAAAAGUUAUGGCGUAGGGAUCACAAAUUUUAGGAAUUUUAGAUAUGGUCCCUCUGUUAAUGAGAGUGAGAUGUGUAGAUAGUUGAGACACCUUUUUGUACAGUUCGUUACACUAAAUACAUUUGAUUGUUUUCUUGAAAAAACA